AUGAGUACAUCCAAUUCCAAACACAAUUCUACGGACUCACUCGACUCCCUUGACCAGGCUCGGCCUUACGCUCCUAGCCCAUUCGAAAAUUUUAACACAGAUGCUCAAUCGGAAAUCUCUCCUAUAAAUUCAAGAUUAAGCGGAGUCUCUUCGCGUGAAUUGAGAAUUACAAGGACAGAAACUGUCAAAUCGUUGCAUGAAUUGGGUAUGUCUAGUGACAUACCCAUGCCUGCUAUAAAUCACCCACCGGUGGAAAAUCCCAUCUUCCCAGAAGAGUAUACCUUGGAGACUGAAACAGGAUUGGUUCCUGUUAUGACAUUGCAAUCUAUCGGAAGAGUGAAAACAGUAGAACAUACUAAUAAGUUGGAAGCAUUAGAUCCCGAAAUUGAAUUCGUCACUUUUGUUGUUGGUGAUCCAGAAAAUCCUCACAACUGGGAUAUGACCUACAAGUGGAUUCUUACUUUAACAUUGGCCAUCUUUGUCGUGUGUGCCGCUUACGGUUCUUCCUGUUUGGCUGGUGGUUUGCCAACUAUUAACAAGAAAUUUGGUGUUUCCACCGAAGUAUCAACAUUGACUGUCUCAUUGAUGGUCAUCGGUUUCACCGUUGGUCCAUUGAUCUGGGCACCAUUAUCAGAGCAAAUCGGCAGAAGACCAGUUUACUUUAUCUCCUUUGGUCUCUACACUAUUUUCCAAAUUCCUUGUGCUUUAGCCCCAAAUAUUGGUGCUCUCUUGGUUUGUCGUUUCUUAUGUGGUGUUUUUGCGUCAUCGGCACUUACAAAUGUUGGUGCUAGUCUUGUUGACAUUCACAAUGAAACAAGAUCUUUAGCAAUUGCAUUCUUUUCCUUCGCACCCUACUCUGGUCCAGUCUUAGGUGGUGUUGUCAAUGGAUUUAUCAGUGUCUCCACAAAAAGAAUGGAUUUGAUUAUCUGGGUUAACAUGGCAUUUGCUGGUGUCAUGUGGAUUAUCGUCAGUUUAAUUCCUGAAACUUAUGCUCCAGUUAUUUUGAAAAAGAGAGCAAAGAAAUUGAGAGAAGAGACGGGAAACCCAAAGAUAAUGACAGAGCAGGAAGCCACUCCUCUAUCCAUGAAAGAAUUGGUCAACGAUAAUCUUAUUAGACCAUUGAAGUUUAUUGUUGAAGAACCAGUUUUAGACUUGAUUUGUGCAUUUGUUGCCUUGAUUUACUCCUUAUUGUACGCAUUCUUCUUUGCCUACCCAGUUAUAUUCAACAGACUCUAUGGUUAUGAGGACAACAUUAUCGGAUUGAUGUAUAUACCAAUUUUAAUCGGUGCUGGUUUGGCAUUGUGCACAACUCCCAUCCUUGAAAUGAAGUAUGCUGCAUUAUGUAAAAGAAGAACUCCAACUCCAGAAGAUAGAUUAAUUGGUGCCAUUAUCGGUGCCCCAUUUCCAUGCAUUUCUUUGUUCAUAUUGGGAGCAACUUCGUACAAACACAUCAUCUGGGUCGGUCCUGCUUCUUCGGGCAUUGCUUUCGGGUACGGUAUGGUUCUUAUCUACUACUCGCUUAAUAACUACAUCAUUGACACCUACGCCAAAUAUGCUGCAUCCGCUUUGGCUACAAAGGUCUUCUUGAGAAGUUCUGGGGGUGCUGCAUUUCCAUUGUUCAUUACUCAAAUGUACGACAAACUUGGCUUGCAAUGGGCAAGUUGGUUGUUAGCUUUUAUCUCCCUUGCUAUGGUGUUUAUACCAAUAUCGUUCUACAAGUAUGGAAAAACAUUAAGAGCAAAGAUGUGCAAGGAAGACUACUCGGCAGUUCAUUUAUAG